AUGAGCGCGCAGGCGCUGGCCUUUCAUCAUGCCUCCAAGCCCAUCUCCGUCCAAGAGUUCCGUGAUGCCGUCCUCUCAGUGUCUCGGCCGCGCUUCCCUACGGCCCUUAGACGCCCACGAGAUCCUCAACCCCUGGCCAUCAGCGGAGGCGUGGACUCCAUGGCCAUGGCAUAUCUCUUUUCCCGCCUCCUCAGGAUGUACAGGGGCAUCAAGAUAGCCGACAACCCUGCCGAAACUGCCUUUGGCGUUGUAGUCGACCACAAGCUGCGAGAGGAGAGCACCCAGGAAGCAUCCCGCGUCACCCAGGAGCUCAAGCGGCUCGGCCUCAAGGCCAUCAUCAAGACCCUCAACUGGAGGGAGCUCAAGUGGCAAGGCAUUGAACCAGCCACCAUGCCCAACAUUGAGAGCGUUGCUCGCACCAUGCGCUACCAGGCCUUGGGGUCGACUUGCAAAUACCUGCAAUCCUCAAGCCUCUUCUUUGCCCACCACCAGGACGACCAGUACGAAACGGUCCUGAUGAGGCUGCUCGCCGGCCAUGGGUACCGCGGACUUCAGGGCAUACGGGAGGCCAAUGCCAUUCCCGAGUGCUAUGAGAUGCACAGCGUCUACAAGAGCGGUCUUCUCGAUGACCAGAUGCAGAAGCGCCCCUUUUUGAGCUUCAAGCCGCCGUCGCGGGAGAUGAAGCGGCUGCGUCAUAUCCUAAGGGACGACAAAGACGCAGAGCCGUGGGAUCAAAUCAGGUCGUAUCUGAGCUCAAGUGACAAGCCCAUGAGCUUUUCCAGCCAUUUCUCCCGGGAUUUUGACCCCAGUGUACCAUAUCUGACCCCUCUACAGAGCGAGGAUGGCGGCGUUACCAUCUACCGGCCACUUGUGGAGUUUGGCAAGGCCAGGCUCAUUGCUACGUGCGAGGCCAACGGUGUUCGAUGGUUCGAGGAUAGCACAAACACCGAUCCAACCCUCACUACCCGCAACGCUAUCCGGCAGCUCACUCGGGCGCACACGCUGCCCAAGGCGCUGCAGAAGCCGUCUAUCCUAGCACUUGCUCAGCGGUCGAAACGGAGGGUUAGACUGGAAGAGGCCGAAGCCCAUCGACUGCUCGUGCGCGAAAGGGUCAUCAAGGACUUUGAUCCAAACGCAGGCACUCUGCUCAUUGACGUCUCAACGCUUUGGCGCGCAUCGUCCUCGCAAAUGAGACGUCCUUUCUCCCAGGCCCGGGAGGAAGCACGCAGACGCUCUCGUAGGCUGUUGGCUGCCAUAGCACUCCGCAAGCUCAUUGCCUUUGUAACCCCCGAGCUCCAUCUGCCGCCUCUGGGUAACCUGGAAAAUGCCGUUGAUCGGUUGUUUCCAGAGCUGUCAGGGGCAAUCGGCACAGUACCGGCAGCCCAGCCAAAGGCCUUUUCGAUCGCAGGUGUUCUCUUCGAGCCCGUGCCAAAGCGGAAUGCGGCCUCGUGGCUCUUAUCCAGGGCACCAUAUUCCUCGAGGCAGCCGUUGCCUGAGCAAAAACUGCCCGGGUAUCUGAAUUAUCGAGCAGGCAUAUUCAAGAUGGACGGCGAUGGCGACCAGCCCAGUCGCCACCGUCACUGGCGCGGAUGGAAAACCGCCAAACUCUGGGAUGGACGCUUCUGGAUACGAGUCAGCGCCUGUGUUGCCGCAAAGUUCCAGGUGCUUCCCUUUCUCCCAUCCUCCGCGAAGCCGUUCCGCAUGGCCCUGCCCCCGCGAGAGCGCGCCAACCUGGAGAAGAUCCUCAAGCACUAUGCCCCCGGGAAAGUGCGGUAUUCUUUGCCGGGCCUGUACAGC